CCUGCCAUAUUUAUUCAUGCCGGGCAAGAUGGCGGCGAUACGGACUCGAUGUUAUUGCCAGUGAACAUAAAAAUUUUAUUCAAAAUACAAGACCGAGUCAGAGACUUGUACACACCCGGCCGCGCUGUGUGUGUCUUUACCACGUGACAAGCGUCGAAGUCUCUUCAUUUUGCACGCUUUCGAGGUUAAUUUUCUGACUAAAUGUUCACGUUGUAAGUCGCUCGCUAACAGAGCAUUAGUAACAGCCAUCCAUCAGAGCCAAGCCGCCGUCAAGUGGAGAAUGGGAGAAAAGCUGGAGCUCAAGCUCAAAUCGCCAGUUGGAGCAGAACCCGCCGGCUACCCCUGGCCGUUACCAGUAUACGAUAAACACCAUGAUGCUGCUCAUGAAAUCAUUGAGACCAUUCGGUGGGUGUGUGAGGAAAUCCCAGACCUCAAAUUGGCGAUGGAAAAUUAUGUACUCAUUGACUAUGACACCAAGAGUUUUGAGAGUAUGCAGAGACUUUGUGACAAAUACAACAGGGCCAUUGACAGCAUCCACCAGUUGUGGAAGGGGACCACCCAGCCAAUGAAGUUAAACAAGCGUCCUUCCAACGGGCUGCUGAGACACAUCUUGCAGCAGGUGUACAACCACUCAGUGACCGACCCCGAGAAACUCAACAACUAUGAGCCCUUCUCCCCUGAGGUUUAUGGAGAAACCUCAUUCGACCUGGUGGCUCAGAUCAUUGACGAGAUGGAAAUGAUGGAGGAUGACACUUUUGUUGACCUUGGCAGUGGAGUGGGGCAGGUGGUGCUGCAGGUUGCAGCAGCAACCAACUGUAAACACUACUACGGCGUGGAGAAAGCAGACAUUCCAGCUACGUAUGCAGAGACCAUGGACAAAGAGUUUAAAAAGUGGAUGAAGUGGUAUGGGAAGAAACACGGGGAGUACACGCUGGAGAGAGGUGAUUUUCUGUCUGAAGAAUGGAAAGAUAGGAUUGCUAACACAAGUAUUAUUUUCGUGAAUAACUUUGCCUUUGGUCCAGAGGUAGAUCACCAGCUGAAGGAACGUUUUGCUAAUAUGAAGGAAGGGGGGAAAAUUGUGUCCUCUAAACCUUUUGCACCUUUAAAUUUUAGAAUCAACAGUCGAAACUUGAGUGAUAUAGGCACAAUAAUGCGUGUUGUGGAACUGUCUCCAUUAAGAGGCUCUGUAUCCUGGACUGGAAAGCCGGUUUCUUACUACCUUCAUACCAUAGAUCGCACCAUACUUGAAAACUAUUUUGCUAGUCUAAAAAAUCCUAAACUCAGGGAGGAGCAAGAGGCAGCUAGACGGCGUCAGCAGAAAGACACGAAGGACAGUAAAAGCAAUAGCACCACUCCUACAAAACCUAAAGAGCAAAACAAGCAGCAGGACUCGUGUGGUGAAGAGGAACAUCCUAGCUUGGUGACGGUGGUCAAGCCCACUGCAAAGCCUCGGCGAGCCCGGCUGUUGUCCAAAGGUCGCAAAAUAAACAACAAGAAACGCGGUCGGCCCAAGAAAGCCACCACUGCUGCUGAGAAGAACAAGAAGAAUCAGAGCGCGUUAGAUCUCCUGCACGCAAAGACCCUUUCUGCAGUGCCACCUCAGGAUGCAAACAGACCACCUCAGAGUCCCUUUUACCAGCUACCUCUCAAGGCUCAGCAAUAUAAUUCCAGUCAACUGCUGCUGAGCCCGACUCCUCCUGGUCUGCAGCAGCUCCUCGAUAACAUCAAAGUCCAGUACCUCCAGUUUUUGGCCUAUAUGAAGACUCCUCAGUAUCGCACCAGCCUGCAGCAGCUUUUAGAGCAGGAGAAGCAAAAACACCGGGACUUGUCCGGCCAGGCGGAGCAGCUGCAUUCGGUCUGCCAGUCUCACAAAGACAAGAUCAAAGGUCUAUUCCAAAUCAAACUAGACGAGCUUGGAGUAAAAGCCCUGACUGUGGAGGACCUUCUUCAGGCCCAGAAGGAGAUAUCAGCUCACAACUGUCAGCUGAAGGAGCAGACGAAGCAGCUUGAGAGAGACAUGGCCUUGUUGAGAGACCACAGCCUGCUGCUGCUCAAGUCUCGAUGUGAGGAGCUGAAACUGGAUUGGGGCUCUUUGUGUCUGGAGAGUUUGUUAAAGGAGAAGCAGGCCUUGCGCCGGCAGAUCUCUGAGAAACAGAAACAUUGUUUGGAGCUGCAGAUCAGCAUCGUAGAGCUGGAAAAGAGUCAGAGGGAGCAUGAGCUGCUUCAGCUCAAAUCCUACAGUCCUCGUGAGGGCUCCCCCUACAGGAAGACCCUGGAGUCGCGCGCCUCCACUGAUCUGGACUCCUCAAAGCUCGGCCUGUUGUCUGCCCCAACUCUCAAUGGCAUUAGCCCAGAGCUUUCUGUAAAUGGCACCAGCUCACCCUGUUUCGACCGGGCAAACACAAAGGUGGAGUUUUCCCGCUACCUGCCCAUGUCUCCAGACCACGACAUUGUUCCUGCCAGCACUGAUGCACGACAGCGGCAGCAAAGCUCUUUCCACGCGCUUCCUGACUACACACGCUUUUCUCCCGCCAAGAUUGCCUUGCGAAGGCACCUUAACCAAGACACUGGUGCCUCCGCUCACCUGAGGGGUCCAGGGCUGACCAAUCACAGGGAACUGGGAGCUGUGAACUCUGCAGUUGGAGUUAAACAAAACUGCUCCUCUCCCAGUGCAGCUGACGUUCAGACUAAUCCUAAGAUUUUGGAGCGGGGUGCUAAGGACAGGAGUCCAUCGGUUCAGGGGGACAGCAUCACAAGCCUUCCAAUCAGCAUCCCUCUGAGCACGGUCCAUCCCAGUAAGCUACCAGUUCUACCAGUCAGCAUCCCACUGGCCAGUGUGGUGCUGCCCAGCCGAGCUGAGAGACUUAGAAGUACUCCGAGUCCUGUGGCAGGUCAGACCAAUGGAUAUCCAUGCAGCUCAGGGCUAAUGAAUGGAGGUCCCUAUCCUGAGGACCAUAACGGUGCUUCUUCAUCCCCUCCCACUAACGGCAACAGUCCCUUGAUGGGACCAAUGGGACGAGGAGGUCCCAUUCAGAGCCCCUCUCUGAGCACCGGGGGGGUGCUCCAGUAUGCCGACGGACCUCCCAGGAUUCUUCCAGAAGAUGGAGCAGACCGCCAAGGUGGGGAAUCAGACACGGAGCAUCAAGACAAUGAACUGCAGAGGAGGAUGUUCUCCUCCUCUUCAUCUUCGUCUUCCUCUUCAUCAGGCAGCGUGGCCGGAGGAUCACGCCUCCACCAUCACACCGGCAACUCCGCCAAGCAGGGCUAUCACAACAACCACGUGAACCACCACCACCCGUCUCCGGGCACGCAGCACGCGCACACUCCCACACACGUGUCAUCUGUGCACUCGCUCGGUGCUCAGGAGGGGCGCAAGCGAGGCAGGAGGAAGCGCAGCUCAACAGGGGCUGUCAUGGCUACUACGUCCCCCAAGAGGAGGUCAUUCCCUGGACUUGGCUCCAGCAGCCACUCCUCAGGAUCUCCACUCAACAUCAACUCCAUGGUAAACAACAUCAACCAGCCUCUGGAGAUCUCUGCCAUCUCCUCCCCAGAACAAUCAAACCACAGCCCCAAUGGUCCUGACCUGGAUCAACCCCCGGUUUUGAAACGAGAGCGCCCCCUAGAGCUCAACGGCACGGGCCGGUACUCCACAGCCCCAAGUUCUGAUGACGAGGACUCGGGGUAUCCCGCCGACAGCUCGAGUUCUCGAAUUGAAAGAAAAAUAGCCACUAUAUCUUUGGGGAGCAGAGACGGCCACGGUAGACUGGGUGAUAUUGAACGAGGCAGAAAAUCAGGUAGCAGCAGCGGGAACAGCACAGGAAGUGAGGCCUCCUCCUCCUCCUCCUCCUUGUCCUCCACCAGCAAGUGGAAAUCCACCUUUUCACCCAUUUCUGAUCCCAAACAGCCCAACGCUGACCUGAGACAGGGGGGCUCUCCGUUCAGCACGGGGGGGUCCAGUCGGGGCACGGACUCGGACUCAGACCACAAACAGCUAGGGAGGAAAGGGAGCGACGGGGACUCUUCCAGCUACGUGACCCCCAAUCCUUUCCUCGGCCAGGAGAUGGGGGCGCGAGUUGGAAGCGGGGGUGCUGGUGGAGUCCUGGGGGGACCUGGAUCCGACCAACGCCAAGCCCUCCUAAAGCAGAAGGCUUCUCGUGACUGGGAGCUGAAAACCAGCAGCAGCAUGGCCAGUCAGAAUCUCUUCAUUUCUGCUGCCGCCAGCAGUGGGGGGGGCAUUCUGAGUGGGAAGGUGGGGGGCAGUCCUGUAGCAGUUUCUUCUACCACCGGGCCAUCUGUGGGACCGUACCUGGGCUCUCAGUUCCCUCUUGGGGGGACCUCAGUCUUGCAGUCCCUGUUUGGGGCCCAGACUGGUGUGUCCAGCGUGAGCGGGACGUCUAGGCUCGUCAACGGACACUCGACCCUGGGAAGUUUCUCGUCUCCUGGACUGGCGGGGGGAGCAGCAGGAGGUAUAUUUCACCACGUGGUUCCCUCAGUGUCCUCUCAUCAGUUUGGGGCUACGCUGCCCACCUCUGGAGGCCUCAGCUCACUGCUCAGUCUCUCCUCCUCUUCCUCUACCUCUUCCCAAACCCAGCAACACGCCACCUCCCAGCCAGCCUCCACGCGCCUGACCUCCGUCACCUCCCCCCUCCCCCUGUUCCAGGCCCAACACAGCCGCACACAGUCGGUCCUUCACAGCCCCUCUCCUCCGACGCUCACGCUGCCCCCUCCUCCCCCCCUGCACAGCGUCACCUCCACCCCAUCUGCACCCACGCACUCUGACACCCCAGCAUCCUCCCGCUCAGACUCCCUCCUCUCCCCCCGCCUGUCCCAGUCCUCUCUACAUCACCAGAGAGUACAACUGUCCCUCACACUGUCCAUCUCUUCCUCAUCCUCUUCAGUUUCUGUCUCUACCCCUGCUGCUGCUGCUGCUGCCUCACACCCCUCUUCUCUGUCCUCCUCCUCGUCUCGUCCAUUUGCAGUGCACUACUCGCCUCGGCUGCCCCCUCCACCUCCAGCCAGCAGCUCGGGUGGUGGUGGGAGCAUGUGGAGGACUCAGAGCAUGCAUGGUACCCACACCACCUCCCAGCUCCCUGGCUCCCGACCUAGAUAGGAUAUGGGGGGAAAGGGGGGUGGGGUGGAGAGGGGAAGGGAAGGGAAGGGAAGGGCAGAGGUCAAUCAGAGGAUGGAUAGAUGAAGAUAGGGAGACAGUAUUUCCUCUGCUUCUACAAGCUGUUGUUCUAAAUGAGCAAGGUAAGAAGACCCAACUCCAUCCUGGUCAGAUGAUGAGUUUUUGAAUCAUUCCAGGGUUUCUCCUGGUUGUCUCAUUUAGUGCUUGUUGUGUUAAAGUCCGUAGUGGUGCCCUCACAUCUGGGUCGGCCCGGCCGAGCCCCGGUAGGUUAAUUGUGUUCACAUCUGGGUUCAAUCUGUGUGUUUUCCAUGCUCAACUGACCAUUUUUUUCCCGGACCUGCUCUCUGGCGAUCUGCUUUGUGCGAUGCUAACCCAACACAUCCCUUCCAACUGAUUGGCUGGCUGAAAUUCACGCCUACCUACUAGAGGAAGUCUCUGGUGUGCAAAAUCAGCCAGCAGCGGCUUCCCAAAUGCACAAUUGGUUAUCAGUCUGGGUGCAGUGGGGUAAACAUCUCCUCUGACUGCAGCUUGGACCUGCUGCAGCAGCAUGAGGUGCAGUGCUGCUCAGCGAGACAGUAGGAAGCCGUGUGCUUCAUGUCAGCAUCUCCAAAAGCAACACUGCUCAUGGCCGCCUUAGUUUACUUACGUGAGGAGGACAACACAGACUUUUCUGCAUGUCUUUUUUCCCCGACUUCAUGCUCGGAGACGUCCACAUUCCUGAGAAGGAUGUGAACCACAGAUGUGAUGGUGUGACCCAAACCUGGCUGCGUGUGGGCGGGCCGACCACACCAAGACCUGGCCAGACCAGGUGUGAAAAUGCCAUACGCUACAGUCACUGACAGCUUGUUUCUUUAUGUUUGAAUGUUGCAGGUAAUUGAUGAAAUCUACCUCUACUUCAAAUAAACUAUGCAAAUGUCCAGGUGUGGACCAAGGCUAUUCUAUGGUGCUUCAGACCAUCUGCACUACCCAACUGCCUCCAAGACCGGCUUCUGUUCUGGGACACAUGACGCACGCACACACAAACACACACACACACACACACACACACACUAAUCACCACUAUUAAGCAGAAUUUACUGGUACUCUUGAUAUAAUAAUGAAUCGUUUCCAAUUAGUCCUGAUAGCGUGUGUGUGCGCAUGCGCGUGUGUGUGUGCGCGUGUGUGUGUGUGUGUGCGUGUGUGUGUGUGUGUGUGUGUAGACACUGAAACACAACAGAGUCAGUCCAGUGAACUCUGCUCAGGCAUCAUGCAGCCCUCCCAUCUCUCCCUCCCUCCCUCCCUCCCUCCCUCACAUUGCAGCACAAAAAUGUGCAGAAAACAAGAUGAGGAACGUUGGUCGACUUCACACUGGAAAAUAAGGCAAAGCCACUCUGGUGUCUGACAUGAGUCCUGGCUGCUUCACUGGCACCCUUUAUUAUGGACCCAGUUUCCUGACGUUAAGACGGCGGGAAACUCAUGAGUUUCUGAUAUUUUACAAUAAUACAAACUCAUUUAACACAAAUGGGAGCUGCAUCAUGCAGAAUUGUGUUCAAAUUUUGAGUAAAACAAAAAACAGUCUGCCACAUUGUGGCAUUAAUGUUUUGAAAUCAGCCCGAGUUUGAAAACCAGGCUAAGAUGUUUGCGGGGGUGCCAGUGGAACGCUAGGUAUAAUCUUCAUAAGUAAAAUCUAAUGGAAUCCACCAGAUGAGUCAGCUUUUCGUUGUUAAAGAGCCACAGCUGUUGGUAAACAGCUGGAAAACUAUUUAUUACAGCCUUCUUCUUUAUCACACUACUAUCUGGAUUCUCUCACAGCACGACUUUUAAACUUGUCAUAAGCUGAAUUAUGUCCUAUUUAUGUCUGUCUGAGAACACAGGCCCAAACAUUUGUGUCUUUAUUAUUCCAACCACACACACACACACACACACACACACACACACACACAAUCGGACAUGCAAAUUGUGACACUGGGAAAACGCAUGUCACCAUAACAAACUACUGGACUGGUGUCACACCUCUGUGUUUGCUUGUUCAUGAUUUUUGUUUUUGUAAACGAUGUUGGUUGUACUGUGAAUGUGAAUCCUCUGUAUAGUUGUGGAUUAUUUAGAUUGAUAUUAUUUAUGCCGUCAGACUUUUCAUCUGCCUUUUGUAUUAUUUUUUUCAGCUUUUUUGUUUUUAUUCUGAAUUGUGUUGACUUGGUAGAAUGCAAUAGUGUGUGUGUGUGUGUGUGUGUGUGUGUGUGUGUGUGUGUGUGUACUUGACUCACAGUCUGAAAACCACGGUGCUAAGUUAGGACUGUGCCUGAUCGUAUUUAUUUUAUGACGAACAUCAGAAACCAGAUAGAAUACUUGGUGCUGUUCAUAGGGACUCCUUUAGGGCCGGAGUUUGUGGAGUUCCUCGUGUCUAACGUGCUCCGGUCUCUGCCUGUUGUAGGUCUAGACGCUCUCUCCUGUAGCUGCCUGGUAAAUAAGAGCGAGAGCUUCUGUCGAUGUAGAGGUCGGUCUCCUAACGUCACACACCGUUUGUGUACAUUUCCUGUUAUGUUUUACUUCUCAAUCAUAAUCAAAGGUAUAUAAAGUAUGUAUCUAAAGACAGUUCAUCUAUAUAAGUAAAUAAAUAAAUAUAUAUAUAUAUGUGUGUGUAUAAAUAUAUAAGAAGUGAUGGGGGGCGUUUUGGUGCUCGUGUCGUGACCCUUAAAUCCAGCCUGUUAAACAGGAGGCUUGAAGCCAAGCAGAGCAAAAGCAUUGCCACCUCGGGACCUUAAUAGGUGGAAAUCCACGUCGUGGAUUCAGAACCGGGACUAAAAUCUCAGAAGCUGUCGAUUUAUUUUUAUUUUUUUUAACACACACACUGGUGCUGAGUCGCGAACACACACACAAGAGUCCAGCACCAGAGCUUUUAUCUCUUGAAUCAGGUCUUUUCAAAUCUUUUGAGUUUUAGUUUGUUCUACUAACCAGUUUUUUUAUUGUUAUUUACAUGAAAAUGGUGCUUUUCUUUCAAUGCAAAGCUCAGUUUUUACAAACUAAAUUUCUACUGGUGCAUAAAAACGACGUCAUUGUCUGCUGGAACACUGAAGCUCGUCGUGGUGUAACUGUGUGAAUAAGAGUAACUGUUGAUAGUGGAAAUACACUUAUGUGGUGCUUUCUCCUCUCCUCCACUUGUCGGUGUUUAAUAUCUUAAAGAGAUUUUUAGAAUAAUAUUGAAAGCUUUACUGUAAAAACCUCCUGUCACGUGCACUCCCUCUCAAACCCGAACGCUUUCUUCGUCUGUGAGUGUUGAAGUGAAGAGAAGAAAGUGGUUUUUGGUCUAUUUGUUACCAGCACUCGUUAGAGGUAUUUUGUAAUUCUUGUUGCUUUUCCUAUCCUCGGUGUUUGAUACGAUCGCAGUUACUUGUUUUUGUUCCCGUCGGGUUUUAAUACUAUUGCUAUUCAGACAGACAGCGCGGUGCUCUCAUUCACGUUAAAUAGAAAUAAAAGGAAACCGCAGCUAUUGGUUCAUUCUGUUCUCCUGUUUUGCUGCUGGGUCUUAUCGUUUAUGUUUAUUCAUUUCAUUUAGGAGAUGCUUUUAUCCAAAGCGACUUACAAUUUAAAAAUAAACAACCCAGAAUGGUGCAGCCUAAGGCGUUGUCCUCACCUGAAGAGGCCACAGGGUGUAUGUGCAAGUAAGAUUAGUUUGUGGAAAAGGACAAAUAAUGAGUUUAGUGGUUGGAUUGGUCCAAAGGGUCCUUUGGGGGUAUUGUUUGGAUUGGAAGUUCACCAGCACACCACACCUGGUACAUUUGUUAAGCUGUGAGCUCUGCAGUGGAGGCUGUUUACUCUAAAUGCUGCCAAAGGUCAUAACUCAGGAACCUUUCAACAAAUCUAUUUCUAUAAAACCUAUUUAUGAUGACGAAGUCCUUUUAGAAACCCAACUCAGGUUCAUGACCUCCCGUCUGUGAGUUUUAAGGGAAAAGGAUGAGAACCCUUCAGACUGGCUCUACUGGCACAUACCUCUUCAGCCCUCUUCAGGUCCAGGAGCUUUACGCAGCACUUCCUCUCUGAUUCUGUCACUAAAGCCGGAGGUUCGGUGUCCCUUAUCAGAUCCCUUUAACUCUUGUUUGGUUUGUGGGGGGUGGGGGAGGGGCUGUUUGUGUGGUGAUCUGUGAUUGGUGGAGCCAGGGCAGGUUUGAGGUGCAAUAAUGGCAAACCUACUUUCCAAAAGUCCCUGGUUUCAGUUUUAUUGUUUUUGUUUUUUUCAUCAAAAGGAAAACAAACAAACACCUUGUUACUGUUUGAUGUUGGUGCUUUUAUCCUAAGAUGUUAUAAGGAAACAAAUGAAAUGAGUGUUUUCUGCAUUUUAUGUUUAUUAAUAAAAUGUUUCAUAUAAUAUAAAAAUA